AUGGCCGAAUCACCCGCCAUUGUCUUCAUCGCCAGACACGGCGCCCGUCUUGAUGCGGCCGACAAGGACUGGCAUCUGACCACCCCCACGCCCUACGACCCGCCUCUCUCCUACGGUGGUUGGAGUCAAUCCCGGGCGCUGGGUGUCCGCAUUGCCAGUCUCCUACGGGCUGCAGAAUUUACGGGUCAAGCUUCAGCUAGCCAUCCCAGCCAGUCGCAAGCCUCGAGCGAUCCGGCAAAUCUGCAACCGAUCCCCGCUCCUUCAGACCUGCACUCUCGAUAUAACGUGAUCAUACAUUCCUCACCGUACCUCCGAUGUCUACAAACUGCAAUCGCUGUCAGUGCGGGCCUCAAUCAGUCUCUCUCCGAAAGUGAAGCUGCAGACUCCUCGAAAUCUCCGGCUGGGCACCAGAUAGAUGGCAACACCGAUCAUCGGUCUCUAUUACGUGUUGAUGCGUUCCUGGGCGAGUGGCUGUCACCAGACUAUUUCGACCACAUCAUACCACCACCGGCUUCCGAACGCAUGGUAGCUUCGGCCAAGGCUGAGCUCCUUCGUCGUGGGGAACUGCUUCCAUCUGUGCGGGAAGGCACGAGAGCCCUGUCGGGUCAUUUCCCGGGCGGCUGGGGUAGUCAGUCUCAUCCGAGCUCCCCCAGCGAGGAAGGCGACCGCCAACUGGCUCCGCAAGGGACAUCUUUGGCGUCGGGACAGCAUGGCAAGCGACAGCGUGCCAGCACCUGUGACACACUCCAGGGCCUUCCACCCAGCCGCACUCCCAAAGCCUUGAGACGGCUCAACACCGAUCUGCCACCGGUUUCAGAUGCUUCAUACGUGCCGCCAACCCCCGGCUAUGCCAUUUCCCCUUCGAAUCCCAUUCCCGCUGGAUACGUGGCCCACGCGCGAGACGCCUGUACAAAGAUCGACUACCAAUGGGAUAGCAUGCGCACCCCCUUUUGGGGCACGGGCGGCGAGUACGGCGAAGAAUGGAGUAGCAUGCAUGAAAGAGUACACGAUGGAUUCCGACGAAUGGUGGACUGGUACCGGCGACAGGACGGACCCAGCGCAGACCCCUCGAAUGUCAUGUCCAACGGUGCCGACAAAUCUCCCCCCAAGGAGACCGUUUUAAUUAUCAUCACUCACGGGGCUGACUGCAACGCCCUAAUAAGCUCCUUGGCUGGCCACUCAGUACUCCUGGACAUCAAUACGGCAUCACUGACUAUGGCCGUACAACGGGACCGCCUGAGGAGCACUGCGCCCCUCUCCGAGAGUGCAUCGAACUCUCCAGUCGGUCGGGAUGACUUUGUAUCACGGGAAUACGCUUUGCAGCUAGUGACAUCAACUGACCAUCUCCGUGCGGGGGUCAACCCCUCGCAACUCACGGCCCUGUCAUCACCCUCGGCUCCGCAGCCGGUCUCGGCACCAGCCAUCCCCACCUAUCGUAAUCGCCUCGGCACUCGUCCAUCGAUGCUCCAGGGCUCCUUCACCGUUGGGUCAACUCCAGGAACUAGCCUCAGUCCUCGCAGCUGGUCUCUGGCACAGCAAUCGCCAGUGGCUCGAGGGCCUUCUGGUCUUUGGGGAGCCAGCGCGCCGGCCGACAAGGACGAUGAAAUGGAGGACUUCGUACCGAAUUUUGGGGACCCGCGGCCUGUGAGUCAUGAGUCGCCUUAUACCGAAGGAUCGGUCGACAAGCCGGGCGGACCGAAGCAAUUGCCGCAACGAAAACUCUCACAACCCGGGCUGUGGGGGAGUGCGCCGCCUCUGGAAGAUCGUGAGGUGUCGCGGCGACGGUGGACAGUGACGGAGCAAAAGUUGUGA